AUUAGCUCGGGCUCGGGAUUUGAUUUUAUGCAACCGAGCCGAAAUAGGUUGCCUAACAAACACCAAUAGCUGACCUAGAAGAAACUACUGGAUAUUUUGACAUUUAGAAGAAAAUUAUGACAUCUUUGAGGCAGCUACCCCAGAAGUUGGGCUGUCUGUUGCGACAAGUUCCCAGAAGAUGUUACUCAGUGGCUACACAGGCCAGCGCAGAGCAGACUGGCUCCGGAGUCAACUUCGAAUUAUCUGAUGAACAGAAAGAGUACAGAGAUUUAGCUAGGAAAUUCUGUCGGGAGGAGAUUGUGCCUAGUGCCCCUCAUUAUGACAAAACAGGGGAGUACCCCUGGGACGUUAUUAAGAAGGCCCAUGAUUUGGGUCUGAUUAACAUGCAUAUUCCCAAGGAGCAGGGCGGACUUGAUCUCGGGAUCUUUGAUACCUGUCUUGUGACGGAGGAACUAGCGUACGGGUGUACAGGAAUACAGACAGCUAUUGAAGCCAACUCACUGGGGCAAAUGCCUGUGAUACUUGCUGGGAACAAAGCUCAGAAGGACAAAUAUUUAGGACGGAUGUUGGAGGAACCUUUGAUGUGUGCCUAUUGUGUGACAGAACCCGUAGCUGGAUCGGAUGUUGCAGGGAUCAAAACCAAAGCUGUAAAGAAAGGAAACGAAUAUGUCUUAAAUGGUCAGAAAAUGUGGAUCACUAAUGGCGGCCAUGCUAACUGGUACUUCGUAUUGGCACGUACUGCAGAAGACCCCAAAACAUCAGCAGGCAAAGCUUUCACAGGGUUCAUUGUAGACAGGGAUUCACCAGGGGUCACUGUUGGAAGAAAGGAAUGGAACAUGGGACAGAGAGCCUCAGACACCCGUGGGAUCAGUUUUGAAGAUGUGGUAGUUCCUGCGGAAAAUGUACUAGGAGCAGAAGGAAUGGGAUUUAAGAUUGCUAUGGGAGCCUUUGACAAAACACGACCCCCGGUGGCAGCAGGGGCUGUAGGUCUGGCACAGAGAGCUCUGGAGGAGGCCACAAAGUACUCCAUGGAAAGGAAGACCAUGGGAAAACUCAUCUGCGAGCACCAAGCCGUGGCCUUUAUCCUGGCUGACAUGGCGAUCGGUGUGGAGACCGCCAGACUGGCCAUGCAGAGGGCAGCCUGGGAAAUUGACCAGGGAAGGAGAAACACUUAUUUUGCCUCCAUUGCCAAGGCCUUGGCUGGGGAUGUCGCUAACAAAUGUGCCACAGAUGCUGUACAGGUAUUCGGAGGAAAUGGCUUCAAUUCAGAGUAUCCCGUAGAAAAAUUGAUGAGAGAUGCAAAAAUUUAUCAGAUCUAUGAAGGCACGGCCCAGAUCCAACGGAUGAUCAUCUCCAGAGAAUUACUGACCAAAGCCAAUAGCUAGGAAUAAACCGUAGUGUAUAUUGUGAGCACCUGGGUUUUUUAUUUCUGACACUGGCAUACCACACAAUGUAUCUUAAACAGGAUACAGAGGAACAAGAUCUUCAGAUGUACAUGUAUUUACAAUCCACUCUGUGAUUUACAUCUUUGGUAUCUAAAGUAAUUAAACUAGUAUUUAAUACUAA